GUAGUCGUGAGAAGAGUCAGUCGGUGACGGGUAGUGUCUUUAGUGGCGUGGUGAACGAUUGAAUUGAGCCGCUUGUGUUAAAAAAUGAGCUGGCAGGAUUACGUUGACAAGCAGCUGCUCGCGUCUCGGUGUGUUACCAAAGCUGCGAUUGCAGGACACGAUGGCAAUCUUUGGGCAAAGUCUGAAGGCUUCGAAGUAAGUAAAGAGGAGUUGACGAAAUUGGUCCAGGGAUUUGAAGAACAAGAUAUUUUGACGUCGUCGGGUGUCACCUUGGCCGGCAACAGGUACAUUUACCUGUCAGGUACGGAUCGAGUGAUAAGGGCAAAACUUGGAAAAGUCGGCGUCCACUGCAUGAAGACGACGCAAGCAGUAGUUGUCUCUCUUUACGAAGAUCCUAUACAACCACAGCAAGCCGCAUCGGUCGUUGAAAAACUUGGGGACUACCUUGUGUCCUGCGGCUAUUAGGUUAGUAUAUACUAACCUCUGGGACCCAACAUAAAUAUCUAAUAUUAAUAUUAAACGAUCGAUUAUUUUAAUGAACAGCGAAUGGAAUGCGUCAUGCCGCACGAGUCGCGCCGGAACUGCCGCAAGCUUGCCGCGCGACAUUCGAUGAAAAGCAACAACUACAUCAGCAACAACACCAGCAACACAGCUAUCAUAUUCCAGUCGUCAUUCUCUCCUCUUCGAUUCGGCUGGUCGACGUUCGAGGAACAGACGCAAGCGCUCAUACGUGUGCGCAAUACUUUUUGAAAAAAAAAAAAAAAAAA